AUGAGCAGAGUGGCGGCGAUCUGCCUACUGGCAGCAUGUAUCGCCUCUCAUUCCGUGACUUUCGCACGCGAGAUCAGCAGGGCACAUUACGACGAUCUGCAGGUAGCCGCUACUCAUCAUCAUCAUGAGAGCGGCCACGGGGGAGAGCAUCAUUCCGGCCACCAUCACGAGCACGGUGGAAAAGGCGACAAAGGUUACAAGUCGGAUCACCACCACGAAAAGGGGGAAAAGGGACAUCACGAUAAAGAAGGCCACUCUGGACAUUAUCACGAGGAUGAAGGCCAUAAGAAGCAUCAUCAUCACGAUGAUGGCUACUACGGCGAGCACCACAAGGGCGAGAAGGGAGAGAAGGGUCACAAAUUCCACGAGAAAGGGCACUACGGUAAAGGCCAUAGCACAAAGGGCCAUCACGAGGUUCACAAGCUUGAUGAGUUUAAGAAGGAUAAGGAAUUCUACGACGAGCAUCACGAUCAUGGUCACCACGACGAGCAUGGUGGUCAUCAUCAUGAGCACGGACACAAGAAAGGUGGCCACUUUAAGAAAGGGCAUCAUGACCACCAUCAUCACGAGGAUCAUUACGGCAAGAAGGGCCAUCAUGAGAAGGGACACCACCAUCACGAUCAUAAGGGUCACAAAGGCCAUGGCGGACAUGAUGAGCAUCAUCAUCAUCACCAUCAUCAUGGCAAGAAAGGCGGUCAUGAAGACCACAAGCACUGGGGAUUCAAAAAGGGACAUUAAUGCCGGAUAUGCGGAGAAUUAUAAUUUCGUUGCUAUUGCUUGUUGAGUUGCGCUGACUGUCAUGUUGCAUUAAUUGUUGUACGUGACGACGAACAGAAUAAAUCUUUUACAAUAGAUAUAUUUCAUGUUGAUGUAUUAUCGCAUGUUACGUUAUGCCAAUUCGCUGCAAAAUGCAAUAUGUGUUUAUUAACUCAUAACUUUUUUGCGCUCCUGUAUGUUUCGUGUAAAUGUUUAAUAGCUCGCAUUAAUCAAGCCCUUAUAACGCUAUAGACGUAUACUGGACGUAAAAUGAAAUUUGAGUUAUUUCUGCGACUGUAACGUAUGUCGCGAAAUCAGUAACUGUCGUAAUAAUUCAGU